AUGGCUGUCGGGGUAAGAACUCAGUCUACAUUGACAAAAAGUAUGCUUUCUCAUAAAGUACAAUUUGAUGGUAGGAUCAUAUCAAGAAAUGGACGUGAUGCUUGCAGAGAGCUGGUUGGGUUCUUUUUUACUCAUUUACUUACAAUUUAUGAGUAUCGGCAAUUGGAGAAAAAUAGAACAAAUGUGCUUCCUUUUAUUCAAAAAAACAUUUAUUGUCAUCAGCAUGGACAAAGAAAAGGAAAACAAUACCAACUUGGUGAUUUUUUUUUGGGUGAAAACUUGACAUUUUUGAGCUCUGAUCAUCCCAGACUUCCAGAAAGCAUAAAAGAAAACACAUUGCUUACACUUCGAAUCACAAAUAUUGAUCAGAGAGCUUUGGAUUCUCUCAGAACAGAUUCUGUGGAACAUGAUGAUGUAAUCAAUGAAGCCAAUGACAGACUGGUUUUCAAGGCCAUUCAAGAUGUGCUAAACGAACAGCUAUGUAAAAGAGGUGUUCGUAUUUUGACUGGAUUGAGAAAAUACCUUCAACAAUUGGACAAGGAAGGAAAUGGACUUUUAGAUAAGGAAGAUUUUAAGCAAGCUUUAAAAGUAUUUCACUUAGAAGUGUCUGAAAAUGAUUUUGAAUCUUUGUGGCUAAUUCUAAAUGGUUAUGGCAAUGACAAGGUUGAUUACAGAGAAUUCAAGCGUGCCAUUAUAGGUGAAAUGAAUGAAUACAGGAAAUCAUUUGUUCAAAAGGCCUUUAUGAAAAUCGAUUUUAACAAAACAGGCAGUGCAUCUGUUAGAGACAUAAGAAAAUGUUAUUGUGCAAAGAAGCAUCUUCAAGUAAUUUCAGGACAUUCCACAGAGGAAGAAAUCAAAACAUGUUUUCUAGAAACAUUGAAAGAUGCCUGCAGUAAGUCUGAUGAAGUGUCAUAUGGUUAAUUUGAAGAUUACUAUGAAGGUCUAAGUAUAGGGAUAGUAGAUGAUGAAGAUUUUGUUAAUGUCUUACAUACUCCAUGGGGGAUCUAG